AUGUUACCCAGAACGAGUUCAAGUGCUGCUACAACGGCAAGAGGACGCCGCUUCCUAGCUGCGGCGGAGAACCAGGCGGCGGCGCGGGCAGGGGCUCUGACGCAGACCCCGCGCCCCGCCGCCCACCCCCCGCGCCCCCGCCCCGCCGCCGCCGCCCCCGCCGCCCCCGCCGCCCGCCGCCCCCGCGCCCCGCCGCCCAGCCCCGCGCCCCCAUCCUGCGGCCGCCACUCCGCCCCGCCCGCCGCCCCCGCCGCCCGCCUCCGCCGCAUCCCGCCGCCCCCGCCGCCCCGCCGCCCCCGCCGCCCCCGCCGCCCCGCCGCCCGCCGCCGCCCCGCCGCCCCCUGCCGCCCCCCGCCGCCCCCGCCGCCCGCCGCCGCCCCCGCCGCCCCCGGAACGCCCGAGUGGGGCGGGGCUCACCAUGCGCAGUGCGGGAGAAAGAGUGCCAUCGCACAGGGUGCAUCUCAAUGCAUAGCGGUGGUAUUAGCACUCGCCUCAAGGAAGGACCCGACUCGGUUCUCCAAGCCGAUUGAAAUUAAAGUGGGGAAGAGGAGGGAACAAGAAGGAGGAUGGGAAGAUGGUGCAAGGCCAUUUUGUUCCGGUGCGCCCGAUCAGAGCGGCUGCAGAGGCAGCGCCAACACCGCCUCUGGGCUGAACGGAGCCGGCGCAAAGCGCGAAAGUUCCUCGGGCGGCGCGUCGUGCUCCACAUGUGUCACCGGCUCCCUCGGGAGGCAAGAGCUCGUCAUUCCGCUCCACCCUGUGGUGAGCAGCGGCGAGGGAAAGGACGGGUGA